AAAAUCUUCAUUAACUUUGCAUAUUGAAUUUUUUGGUUUUCCCCCUUUUAAGUUUCCAGGCUUUAGAGGGAUAUGUGUGGAUGUGGGGAGGGAGUUGGUCAAUGAAAUAUUGGGACUGCCAUUUGCAGGAAAUCCAUAGGUGAAUUGUUUUUGGGGUCUAGUGGUGGAGAAUAUAUUGGAAGGUUUGAAGCAAACUUUCUCAUCUGGGGAAUUUAGUAAUGAAAGAAUGAGGCUCAACUUGGGAAAUGGCUGGAGGCCUGAUGCUUGCCCCUCUUCACUGGUUGUCUAGUGUGCAAGUGAAUGGCAGAAAAUACUGACCAUUUGUUUCUUCAUUGCCUGAUCGCAUUAGAGUUGUGGUGGACAUUGUUGAGAUAUUUGGCUGAACUACUAGCAGAGAAGCAAAAGUUGGGACCAUUCAUGCAAAUUUUGCCCCUAUGUAGCAGACUUCUAAAUCACGAAAUCAGACGGGUGUCAGGCUUCAAUCAAACUCUUGUAGAUCAUGAAAGACUUGAGCAUGAGAGUCCAUUUAGGACAUUAAGUCAAAGCGCAAAUGGUAGACCAAUGGAUUUGGAGGGAUGGCCAGGAAUGCAAAUGGAGGAAAAUGGACAUAUCCAGAGAAUGGCCCCGUUUCAAUCUCCUUCUAUGGGUUGGCCUGGCGUGCAAGGAAUUCCAACCACUCCUAUUGUAAAGAGAGUAAUUAGACUUGAUGUUCCAGUGGACAAAUAUCCACAUUACAAUUUUGUUGGCAGAAUUUUGGGACCACGUGGGAACUCCUUAAAAAGAGUUGAAGCGAUGACAGAGUGUAGGGUUUACAUCCGAGGUCGGGGCUCUGUGAAGGAUUCUGUAAAGGAAGAGAAAUUAAAAGAAAAGCCUGGAUAUGAACAUCUUAAUGAGCCAUUGCAUGUAUUGGUGGAGGCUGAAUUUCCUGAGGAUAUAAUCAAUGCGCGAUUGGAUCAUGCAGUGGCCAUACUAGAAAACCUUCUGAAGCCUGUGGACGAGUCCUUCGAUCACUAUAAGAAGCAACAGCUUAGAGAAUUGGCUAUGCUAAACGGUACAUUGAGGGAAGAGAGUCCGAGUAUGAGCCCAAGUAUAAGCCCUAGCAUGUCACCAUUUAACAGUACAGGAAUGAAACGAGCCAAGACAGGAAGAUGACUCGUAUAAACAUGAUUAAUUCUUCUGAUCACUGAAACAGUAGCGUCUGACUCGUCGAAGACCUUGUGGCAUCUUGAUAAUUUUGACUUCCAAAACCGUGAGAAGCUUUGUUGACAAACUGAUGAACUAAUUUUGGGCUCUUUGUUUGGCAUCUCAUAGGGUUCAACCGCUGCAUUAGUUCUGUGCAACAUACUUCUACGUGCAGUAAUAUAUUCUUUCAUGUGUUAUCCCAUUGAUAGCCAACACAUUAUUCUUUAGUUAUUGUAGCUUAUAGCCCCAUAGCUUAUAGGCUCCCCUUGUUUGAUUUUUCUAUCAUCUUCCAGCAGCUUGUAGGCAAAUGCUAAAGCUUAUUGUAGCUUACAACCCCCUAGCUUAUUGUUGUUUAUAGGCAAAUGCUAAAUUUUAUUGUUGUUUUACAUGCGUAUAUUCUCUUGCUCAUAAAAAUAAAAAUAAAAAAAAGUUCAGAUG